CAAAAAGCUCCGCCGUUCGGACGAGACACGACGACCGGCGUUGCCGCGCUCUCGGCCGCACCGCAUGCCGGCUCCCGCCACGCUCGCCUCCUUCAACGCCCUCGUCGCCUCGCUCGCGCGCUCCGGCCGCCCCUCGCAGGCGCUCCUCGCCUUCCGUGACAUGCUCGCGCGGGGUUUCCCGCCCGACCACUUCACCCUGCCCCCGGUCCUCCGCUGCUGCGCGCUCACCGGCUCCGCCGCCCUGGCCGCCUCCUCGCACGCCCUCUCCGUCAAGCUUGGCGCCCACGGUAGCCUAUUCGUGGCGUCCGCGCUCGUGCAGUGCUACGCGGGCAUGUUCAACCUCCCCGACGCGCGGAGGCUGUUCGACGGAAUGCGCGAGAGGGAUGCCGUUCUGUGGACGUCUAUGCUGUCCGCGUACGCGCAGGGUGGGCAGCCAGAGGAGGCUCUGCGGUUGUUCCAGGGGAUGGUGGUGGCCGAGGUGCAGCUGGACGCGGUGGUCAUGGUCAGCCUUCUUCUCGCGUGUGGCCAGCUCGGGUGGCGGCGCCAUGGGAGAAGCGUGCACGCGUGCUGCGUCCGGAUGUUCCUGGGGAUGCCGCUGUCUCUGGGGAAUGCGCUUGUGGACAUGCACGUCAAGUGCGGUGAGCUUGAAUUUGCCGAACGCGUAUUUUCUGUGAUGCCCAGGCGGGAUGUUAUCUCGUGGAGUGCUCUGAUUGUUGGCCAUGGUUUGAAUGGCCGUCCGGAUGUUGCUUUGAGGCUCUUUGAUGAAAUGGUGGCCAAAGGAGUGGACCAGAACUCGAUCACCUUUCUUGGUGCCCUGUCAGCCUGUGCGCAUUCAGGCAUGGUGGACAAAGCGUAUGCUAUAUUCGAUCAGAUGAAACAGCGGGGCAUCAAGCGUGAGCUUAAGCAUUACUCUUGCAUGGCUGAUGCGUUAGGGAGGGCAGGCCGUGUUGUUGAGGCAGUAAAUCUCAUAGAGGAAAUGCCUUGCCAGCCUGACGAGGCUAUCCUUGGCAGUGUAUUGGCAGCUUGCCGAGUGCAUGGUGAAAUGGACGCUGCUGAACGGAUUUCAAAGAGAUUGAUGAGCAUGUCUCCUGCAAAGAGCGGCUACUACAUGAGCUUGGCAAACAUAUAUUCAGAUGCUGGAAGGUAUGAUGAUGCAGAGAGAAUAAGAGGCUUCAUGAAGGAAGUUAAAGUCGACAAGCUUCCUGGAUAUAGUUCAGUUGAACUCGAUGUUUCUGUCUCUGAAUCAAAAAAUGUAUAAUUAGCUCCAUAUAGUGCGCAAAGGGUUUUGAAGCACUUGAGCUGUUUGGCAAGCCUGGUGGCAUACACUCUGUGCAGUGUAUGCUUUGAAGAAAAAUACAGGCACCUGGUGGAUGGGAAGUGCAAAUGAGAUGACUUGGCAACUCAACAAGACAGUUUUGGGGAGGAUUAUAACAGUACAGAGAGAUGCUGAGUUAGUGGACUCAUAGUGGAAGUGUUUGAUUAUGACAUUAGCGACAUGGUACUUGCUGAGUUAGCGUUGUCAAAUUGUGAAGUGUCAAGAGGUGUGCGGAAGGCAUUUCUUCGAGCAGACAAGGAAAUUUAAGAGGCUGAUGAAACAGCACAUGAUGAUUAUAUACAGGAAGCACACAGUCAUCCUACAUGUACUUCAGUUAUGAGAGAACAUAUGGCUUGUGCUUGAUGAGUUGCUAAUGCAAUGAGGUUCAAAUAGCUUCUGAAACUGACAGGAUUAUCAUCAAAUAUGUGAGCGUCUGACCAGCACGGUGUAAUUAAGAUCGAUCUUGUAUUCACAGGAAAGUCUUUAAGAAAUGCAUUGCUGGUACUACUUGCAA